GCCACAGCGGGAAGAGCUGCGAUCUGACUGAACAGGUUAGGGGGUGGAAGGAGGCAGCUGACCCCGCGUGCCUUUCCUGGGGCUUUCCGGAAGGAGAGUGCGCGUGCGUGUGUGUGGAGCGUGUGUGCAAGCAGCGAGCUCCAGCCAGCCACAUGCCUGGGGGGAGUAAGUGGGAGGGGGCGUGGAGGGGAGGUGGGGGGGUUGCUGCUAGGUGAGGGGGAACUGCAGGGCCUCAGUUGCCAAGUAGCUGGUAGUAUCUGUCAGCUGUUUGCACACUGUUUACCCAUAGGGGAUCUAUUACAAGUGCUCAAAUGAACCGGCCGCUUAGAAACUAGCAGCUUCCUGGGAGCUGCAAUUACAUAAGCAUAUAUUUUUAAUAUAAUAAUAAUUAAAAAAACAAGUAGCCGCGGUAUGCCUGGAUCUGCUACAGCUAUCCGACAAGAGAGACUGAAGAAGACCAGUGCAAGGCCAAUUCCCCUUGGUUUAUUCACCAUUAACGAGGAAGAUGAACAGCAAAAGAAUGGAAAUUCCAGAAGACCAAAAGCACCUGAAAGCUACAAAGUGCAAGAUAAGAAAAAUGCUGCCUCCAGCCGGCCCUCUGCUAUUUCGGGACAAAAUAGCAACUACUCAGGAAAUAAGCCAGACCCUCCUCCCGUGCUUCGGGUGGACGACCGGCAGCGACUGGCCAGGGAGCGACGUGAGGAGCGCGAAAAGCAGCUAGCUGCAAGAGAAAUAAUCUGGUUAGAACGGGAAGAGCGAGCCCGGCUGCACUAUGAAAAGCAUCUGGAAGAGCGGAAGAAGAAACUAGAAGAACAGAGGCUGAAGGAGGAGCGGAGGAGGGCUGCUGUGGAGGAAAAGCGGAGGCAGAGGCUGGAGGAAGACAAAGAACGCCAUGAAGCUGUUGUACGACGGACGAUGGAAAGGAGCCAGAAGCCAAAACAGAAGCAUAACCGGUGGUCAUGGGGAGGCCCUCUCCAUGGGAGCCCCAGCAUCCACAGUGCAGAUCCAGACAGGCGGUCAGUUUCCACCAUGAAUCUUUCGAAACAUGUUGAUCCCGUCAUUAGCAAGCGGCUCUCCUCUUCAUCUGCAACUUUACUAAAUUCUCCAGAUAGAGCUCGCCGCCUGCAGCUCAGCCCAUGGGAGAGCAGCGUUGUUAACAGACUGCUGACGCCCACACAUUCGUUCCUGGCCAGAAGUAAAAGCACAGCGGCCUUGUCUGGAGAUACAGCAUCUUGCAGCCCCAUCAACAUCAUGCCCUCCAAAGCUGCACACUCUAGAAAUCUGACGGAUCGGCCAAAAUUCUUGGUAACGCCACCGGAGGGCUCAGCGCGAAGGAGGACGGCUCACGGCACUGUGGCCUAUAAAAGAGAGAGGGACAGAGAAAACCUACCGUUCCAGCCCACAUCUGGCAUUCGGAGAGUGCUAUCUCCUUCUCAUCCCAAAACAAGAUCACCAGCUCCCUCUCGACUUUGGCUGCCAUCCAAAUCCUUUCCUCACCUGCCUGGCACACCCAGGCCAACCUCCUCCUUGCCUCCUGGAUCAGUCAAAGCUGCCCCUGCUCAGGUCCGGCCACCAUCCCCUGGCAACAUCCGCCCUGUCAAGAGAGAAGUCAGAGUGGAACCUGAGAGGAAAGACCCCGAGAGGGAACCCCAGAAUGUUGCCAAUGAGCCAUCACUUAAGGGCAGAACACCUUUAGUGAAGGUGGAAGAAGCCACAGUUGAAGAGGGGACACCUGCCGAGCCAGAGGCUGCUCCUGCUGCUUCAGCCCCAGCCCCAGCAUCGGCCCCCGUUCCAGCGCCGGUCCCAGCCCCAGCGUCAGCCCCAGCCUCGCCAUACACUGUGACUGCCGCCGCUUCUCCCAAGACCUCUGCAGGUACCACUGACCCAGAAGAGGCCACGAGGCUGCUAGCUGAGAAGAGGCGGCUGGCCCGAGAACAGAGAGAAAAGGAGGAAAGAGAGAAGAGGGAGAAGGAAGAGCUGGGAAGACAAAAAAGAGAGGAGCUGGCGCAGAAGGUGGCGGAGGAGCGGGCUCGGCGGGAGGAGGAAUCCCGCCGGCUGGAGGCUGAGCAGGCCCGGGAGAGGGAAGAGCAGCUGCGGCGGCAGGCGGAGGAGCGGGAGCGGCGCGAGCGCGAGGACCAGGAGCGCGCCCAGAAGCAGAAGGAAGAAGAAGCUCGCCUUCGUGAGGAAGCAGAGAGGGUUCGGCAGGAGCGAGAGAAGCAUUUCCAGAGAGAAGAGCAGGAGCGCCUGGAAAGGAAAAAGCGACUCGAGGAGAUUAUGAAAAGAACCAGGCGAACAGAAGCUACAGAUAAGAAAACUGUUGAUCAGAGAAAUGGAGAUAUAACCAAGGGAGCUCUCCCUGGAGGAACAGUGGUAUCUGCAUUUCCAUGUAUGACAAACUCUCCAGGAAAUGGAGAACCAAUGAGCAGCCCACAUGCGGUCACCUCACACCAAUCGACAGUGACUGUGGAGAGUACUCCCAAUUUGGAAAAACAACCAAGUGAAAAUGGAGUAUCUGUUCAGAAUGAAAAUUUCGAGGAAAUUAUAAACUUACCCAUUGGAUCUAAACCAUCCAGAUUAGAUGUCGCCAACAGCGAGAGCCCAGAAAUUCCUUUGAAUCCAAUUCUGGCCUUUGAUGAUGAAGGGACGCUUGGGCCCCUGCCUCAGGUAGAUGGUGUUCAAACACAACAGACAGCAGAAGUUAUAUGAGCAUUUCUUCUGAAGAACCAAAGCAGAAAUUUAAAAAGAAUUUCUACAAUUAAUGGAAUUCCUUCCAUGCUAUAAAGGAGCAUCCCCCUCCUCCAGUUUUCUAAAGGUUCCUUGACCAUCAUUUUGAAAAGACUUUAUUAAAACCAGCUAAAGACAACAGACUGGAUAGCUUUUCUAAUAAUUUUCGCCAAUAGAGAAAAAAAUGUUCCUUAUUCUUCAGUACUUUAAAACGGCUUUUUCCAGUGUGCUCCUUCUUAGCAAAUCAAUUAUUUUUCUGCAUUCUCUAAAAGAUGAGAGCAUUUGGCUAUU